ACCCUCCAAGUCUACAAGACAAGCAGCGCUCCAAAACAAACAAAACACUCUCUCUCUCUCUCCUAACCAUCCUCUUUCGUUGUGUCUAAAAAAUGGCAACAAUGUUGAGAAGACUAGCUCGAGCCGCUGCCGCUCCGAUCGCAAACCCUCACGCAUCCCGAGGCCAAUCGUCUUCAACUUCCGCCACUUCUCCACUUCCAUUUGCUGCAAUUGCCUCCAUUUCUGCUGCACUUUCCUCUUUCUACUACUUCAAUUCCCCUAAUUUGGUUCAUUUAGAGGAAAUAAGCGAGGAACCUGCUCAAAAACUUGCACUCAAUCCUGACAAAUGGAUUAAAUUCAAACUGCAAGACAAGGCAAAAGUCAGCCACAACACUCAGUUAUACAGGUUUUCAUUUGACCCUACUACCAAGUUGGGCCUUGAUGUCGCAUCAUGCCUUGUUACGAGAUACCCAUUAGCACCAGAUGCUGAAGGAAAAACAAAAUAUGUAGUUCGGCCGUAUACCCCUAUAUCAGAUCCCGACUCAAAGGGACACUUUGAUUUGUUAAUUAAGGUUUAUCCGGAGGGGAAAAUGAGUCAGCAUUUUGCUAGCUUGAAACCAGGCGAUGUGCUAGAAGUCAAAGGGCCCAUUGAAAAGCUCAAGUAUACUCCUAAUAUGAAGAAACAUAUCGGAAUGAUUGCAGGUGGGUCUGGCAUCACUCCAAUGCUUCAGAUUAUUGAGGCUAUUUUGAAGAAUCCUGAUGACAACACCAAGAUAUCGCUGAUCUAUGCCAAUGUGUCCCCGGAUGAUAUUCUACUCAAAAAGAAACUUGAUGUGCUUGAAGAAAGCCAUCCAAAUUUGAAGAUAUUCUAUACUGUGGAUAAUCCAUCAUCUGAUUGGAGGGGAGGUAGAGGAUACAUAUCAAAAGAUAUGGCUUUGAAAGGCUUACCUGGUCCCAACGAUGAUACUCUUGUACUAGUAUGUGGUCCUCCUGGAAUGGUUAAACAUAUAUCUGGUGAAAAGGCAAAAGAUUGGACACAAGGCGAGCUCACUGGCAUACUCAAAGAACUUGGAUAUACAGAGGAUAUGGUUUACAAAUUCUGAUACAUGCACCAAACAGUUUGAGACUUUAGUUUUGACUCAACUUUAAAUGAGUAUAAUUGAUACGGGAGAGAGUGUGGCAGAAGAAUAAGCGUGAUAAAUGGUACAGACAGGUUGUGCCCUUUUAAUUGAUUGAAGUAUUGAACUAGAGUUGGCAUAAUUUUUGCCUAUAUUCACAAAUAGGUUGCUUUAAAACUUCGAACGGGCUAUCCAAGUUAUCAGUUUCGAAUCUAUAUCGGACUCUUUGUUGCUGCUUGAGCCUUUAUAUGCAUGUUUUGAAGCAACAAAUAACAUGUUAGCAGUCUGAAUUAAUUUUUCUUUUCUUUGUA